AUGACGACAGAAAACAGACCGGAGCCACAUCAGUACGUCAUCACUCUGCACGUCCACGACUGUUCAUCUGCAGCUCAGGAGGCGCUGCACCUCCUCCAAAGUGUCCUCAGGAAUGAGACUGAUGAUCCGCACCCCCUCAUCUCUCUUUCCAGUCCCUCCCCCCUGUCCACCCACAUUCCCAGGAUGCUGCACUCCAGCAGAGAUAAAGUUAGCACUGCACAAGUGACAACGCGUUGUAACCGCUACCCGUCAUCACCGCCACCACCAGCUCCCGUGUCGGCACUAAAGCAAGCUGUUCCUCAUCCUCCAGCUGAUGAAGGCGUCUCCAUCAUUAAUGUCCGAGACGCGUCCUUCGCUCUGCUCGCCGGUAACAUCAGCGGCAGCUGCAGGAGGAAACGAAGUCUGCGCUCAGACCACGCAGUACCCGUGGCUCGCCAUGAGGGCGGUCUGGCUCUCCCGUCGCUUGUCCUUUUUCUUCUUCUGUCGGACCUUCCAGCAGGUGGCGCUGGCGCCCAGCAGCCCCAGCCCGACAGACAGCAGCACCAGUCCCAGCACCGUGAUGGUGGACCCGUGGGAGUUGAAGGUGUAGGCCACCGCCGUCACCACAAUGCCGGCGAUGAGGACCACCACGCCGAACGGGAUGGUGCAGCGGUAGCAGGACAUCUCGGCGCCGCCCGUCGCCGCUGUGAGCUGGACUUCGUUGACAUGCGGGACGUGUGUUGUCACGACAACUCUACGAUCCUUCCUGGGCUUGUCCCGGCUCAGCUUCUCGGCGGAGAUGGACGGCGGCACCUUCAUGGCGCUCCGGGGGACCCUGCCGCCACCGCCUUUGCUGUGGAGGUCAUCGGGCAUUGUGAUCUUGCUGGCGAGGAACAGAUAUGGCUGAAGAUGUCCGUGGAUUCUGAUAACUCCUGUGUUUUGCUGUCAUCGCGUGACUCCCGGACUUCCUGCAUCUUUCAAACCGCUGAUGAGAAAGAUGACAUCCCAGGAGUGGGAGAGGAAAGCGUCCUGGAGAUGCUGAGCUACUCCAAGUUCUCCGACCUGGAGACAUGGCUGUGCAUGCCGUCCUCACUGCUGCUUUCCAGGCCUCUGGACUCCACCCACACCUCCUCGGGUUCUUCCUCCAACUCGUACUCCUCACGUGCGUCCCUCCACUCCGCCAACUCGCUCCCGGCUUCCUCCUCUUCGUCGCUGGCUUCAAACUCCCGCCGCUCCACCUGCAGCGAGCCGGGAGAAAUCAACAGGUCGUCAGAAAGAGACUCCGCCUUCCUCACGCCUACUCUGACGAAGGAGGCGGCCUGUCUGUCCACACCCCUCCUCCCCAUCCUCUCCUCCACCCCUGCACCUCCUCCCGCUGCUGCCGCUUCACGGUCCAGCUAUGGCACUCACACACGAGACUCCGCCUCCCACAGCGGCGUCAGCAUCAGGAAGCGGCGGCGUCUCGCUGCCAGUCCUGGAGGACUCCACUGGACCUCUUCAGGCUCUGUUCAGCGGGACUUCUGGUCACCUGAUCCGUCCCCGGGGUCGAGGAGGAGUGGAGGAGGAGGAGCCGGUGCGAGGAGUCUUCCCCUGGGGGAGGCGGCGCGAGUUUCCCUGCCGUGGGCCACAGACCGGGCGCUGCUGAGAAAGACGAUUUCGGUGGACGACCGUCUGCUGCAGCCGGUGGGCGGCGAGCAGCGACACCUGAGGCUGCUGAGCCGGCUGGAGAGAGGCCGGAAGAAACUCCGCAGCAUCCACAGCCCGGGAACCUCGGGGAGGUACGACACCAGGAAAAAGUGAGUGCUCUCUGAAAUAUUCCCAACGUUUGUUUCCCUCGUCGCUGCUCGCCUGAAUCAUUUCCUGUGUAAUAAGUCCUGAUUUAAUAAAACGGGAGGUGCUCCUGAAUUCAUCCGAGGGAUCGAGUCACC